UUCACCAGCCCUGCUCAGACAGCAGUGUUUGUGUCAAGUGUCCAACAAAAUGAUCCUAAUAUAAACUGUUCCUCAAUCAAUGCCACUUUAGGAUUACUGAAUAAUUAAUCAAUUGUUAUAAGGAUGUCAAAGGGGGAGGAUUUAUUCGAAAUGUCUGGGGAGAUGGCAGAGAAAAAGGUAACGUUCCCAUUAUCACUAUCAGCGCGGGCGACCAGAUGGUACGGGAAACUCUGCAGCCUGAUGGUUGAGGGAAGCCUCAUCGGAAUGCGCGAGACUUUCAACAAGUUCUACCCACCCCUGACCCUCGCCGACAAACUCGCGUCGCCGAAUUUAAGACAACGUAUGGAGACGCUCCACGCGAGAGGAAUAUUUGAGGAAUACCAAUGGAAGAAGCUGUACCCUAAGAAUAAGAAACGGAUUGCAUCGGAGCAUUAUGAUCUGAUGUUACUGUCAAUACUGCUGCGACAGAUAUGUCACCUAAGUCCCCCGUAUCCCAACGGCUGGUUACUGAUGCCUGAGGAACACGACUGCAGCAUUUCUGCAAACAUUGCUCGGGUCCACGCGUUGAGGAAAGAACUGUUGUCGAAGACUGAAAUGUCUGAUGAUGAAGCCCUCCGUUACUGGUCCGUGAUUCUUGGGGCGUUGUUAGAACUCGGCGGGGAGAAGUGUCUGCCGAGAGCGGAUAAGAUUUACCGGGAGGUGAUGACGGAAGAGAUGCAAGAGAUGUGGAUCAGCCGGCUCCAGACGUGGCAGGAGAAGGAAUACAAUCAGUGGCAUCGGAAUCCGUACGUCCGCAAACGUCUGGAUAGUGCAGCAAGUGACGUGUCUACGUCAGGAGAUGCUGUGUCGACUGGAAGGAGGCCGCGAUUGACGAGUGUCGGGUCGGCUCAUAGAGGGGGUAGCAGUCGGUUGAGGAGGCCACGGCUUCAUUCUGUUGAAGGGGGACUACCAAAGGAAGAGUGCGAAACCCUCCAGAAAUUCUACCAACCUCUCGUCACCAACGUCAAGGUCCCAGACAUCAUCGAGCAACUCGUCAAAUACGAGAUUCUCACCCACGAAGAGCAGAACGCCAUCUACUGUAAUGAGAAGAACCGACAACGGAUGGAUGCCCUGAUCACGAUCUUGUACAAGAAACCCGCCAAUGCCUACCAGUAUUUUGUCAGAGCCAUCAAGUUCAAACACUCGCAUCUUUACGAGAUGAUGAACAGGACGUACAUGGCACUCAAGAAAGAAUCAAUGAACAACAAACCAGAUAACCUACGCCUCAUGUCAGAGUUGCUCCGAUCCCAUCAACGGGCGAUGUGUUCACGAUGGAAAGCCGUUCCCUGGGUCGAGAACAUCAAGUGUUCGAUCAGAGACUUCUACAUUCAGCAGCAGAUAAUCAGCUCACAAGGCCAAGCUGUUGACUUACAAGACUUGUUCAGCCCAGAUGACCCGCAGUCCGUCCUCAUCGUUGGCCAAAGUGGCACAGGAAAGACCACACUAUGCAAACGACUCAUCCACGAUUGGCUCAGCGACAACCACUUCUUACACAACCUGUUCCACCUCGUGUUCUACAUGGACUUGUCCGUGAUGAAGGGAACCGUGAAGGAUCACAUCUUCGAGCAGUUCACAAACGAGCUACAAUUAGGGAAGGAGGAACUCUGGCAAGUGAUUGAGACAAACCAACAGGACGUUCUAUUCAUUUUCGACGAUUAUGACAUGAGUAAUGAUAACUACGAAGUUGAUCAGAUCGCCAUGAAAAAGAUGUUGCCAAAUUGUUCCGUCCUUAUGACGUCGAUAUCUACCCCCGCGAUCUGUAAGCAUUUUCAACAGCGUCAUAUAUUGUUAGGGUUAGUGAGGCGAAAUAUUACCGAUUUGGUGCGUAUAUACAUGGAGCAGAGCAACGCGCUGCUCGACCAGGUAUCCAACUUGUUUCAAGCGUUGCAAGACGAGACACUGCGUGAACUCGCCGUCAAGCCGUUCUUCUGUUUGUGUCUGUGCACAGUGGCGACCACAAAUGGUGUCGACUUGUCAAAGAUUACGAGAGAGAUGAUACUCCUCGAGCAGUUUGUGGAUUGCAUCAAGUUGAAACACAGCGGAAACACCCGCGAGAAAAAGAACCUGGGUACUAGGACGCUUCACGAGCUGCAACAGACGGCACUGCAAGCAUCUUUGGAGCACAGCAAGGUCCUGUCCUGCGAUCAACUGAAGAAUGAAUACGACAACAAUUUCGUGUAUCAGUUUGGCUUACUCAAUCGCAUUGACGGAGAUGUUAGAUGUGCGUUCGUUUGUAAGGUGCUGCAAGAUUUCCUGGCCGCCCAGCAUCUAAAGGACAUGGGGGCAACGGAAUUUAAGCAAUACUGUGAUCGUCUUGUUACCGAUGUCUGGUUCUAUGACACUUGUCGUUACGUCUGCGGGUUACGGAGGAUGAACAAGGUAUUACAGCCCCUGAAGAUCCUGGUGACAUGUCUAGCAGACGAGAAUGUGAAACACAGCAAAAAGAUAUGCUUCAUGCGUAAUGAGAAGGGGGUCAUAUUGGGGAUCUCUGAGGGCAGAAUGAUGGACUUUAGCUUGAGUUUAGAGUGCCUGCAUGAGAUGAUUGACAGAGACGACAUGUGCGAGAUCAUCUCGAAGUCCUUGCCAAAGAAGUUGAUUGUACGAACCCGGGGGAUCUCCUGCAUGAACAUGAUACUGGGCCUAUCUAGGAUCAUCCAAAUAAACACACAAGGCCCACGAGAACUAGAGAUUCUGUUUGAUUCGCAAACUGACUUCGGCGAGAAUGCAAUGCUGCAACUUGCAAAAGCAAUGCAUUCAAACUACCAAGUGAAAUUCCUCAAAGUCGAAUGGAAAACGGACAACUUGUUUGCACAGUUUCUAUCAAUUUUGUUCCAAGAGAAUAUUGCGAUAGAUUGCGUGAAACUCGUCGACUUGUAUAGCUCAGCCGAGUCCUGUUCCGUCCCAGCAACAGUCCGAGCUGAUUUGCAGAAGGCUUGCAAGAGCAUGAGGUACGUCAAGAAAGUGAGUCUAUUCGACUGCCAAGCGCCCAUGUUAGUCAACAGCGUGAUCCACGGCGUGCCUCUCACGAUGGAACACCUCGACCUAACCAGCUGCACGUUCAACCCUGUCACCUCACAAGAACUCAGCUAUCACUUAGAGCACAGCAAAGCGCUCACUUCCCUCAACCUUACGAAUAUCCACCUCGAGGGCAUGUGCUUUAGAUACAUCAUGAAAGGCCUACGCAUGAACCAGUCUCUCACGGAGCUAAACCUCCGGGAUGCCCACAUUGACAAACCAGGCCAAGUAGCUUUAGCCGAGGCCUUGAAGUUCAACCACCGAUUGCGCUUGCUUGACUUGAGUCGAAACGAGUUCACCCCAGACGGGUGCAUCCAGCUGAGUCAGGCGUUGUCUUUUAAUAAGACUUUAAGGGAACUGGUGCUAUUGGGGUCUUACUUUGACAGCAGUUACCUGGGGCUGAUGAUGGCUUAUAAACACCCUUGGUUAAACAUUGUUGAGGACAGCAGUAGGCCACCGACUGCCCGAGCAGUCAUCAUUGCUGAUUAAAUCAGUUGUGUUGCAAUAGAGGCCAACAAUGGCAUAAGGCCAGAAUAGUCAUGGCCACGCAUUGUUGCUUAAGACCUGUGCAUAUGCCAUUUAUGUAACCCUUUAGCUUUUAGCUUUCUGCUGUUGACUUUCCAACUUCUCCUCAACUCAGCCCAUUGCUGAACAUCUGAUGGAGAGACAAUGGUGCAAUAAACACAGAGUUAUGGAGAGAUUGUGAGCAAUCUUUAGAACUCAUGAGGGAAAUUUUGAGAAGAAAUGACAAUAACAUCACUUUGGGACACCCCGUACAGCUAUUUUAUGUGAUUUGUGCCAAUUAAUUGCAAUAUCAGGAUUGAAUCAAUCAGUAUAAAUACUGAAUUAGAUUUACUCAAUUUGUCUGUGAUAACAGCAAACAUGUGAUUAAUACCUGGAAAUAUUAGCUGCGAUUUUAUUUUGCGAUUUAGUCAUUAGUGAAUUAUAAGUUUGGCUUUUUAGCUUACUUUAGUUUGGCAGUAAUACCUGUAGUUAUUAUUGAUGAAAAUUUCAGGUCCUCCAUCUA